CAGUUUGCACCGUACUUUCUUUUCAUUUGUUGUUUAGAACCAACAUGUGCGCGCUAGUUCCCGGUUCCCUCUGGUGAAUAUUUCAGUACACUGCGGUUUUACAAAUAAUCCGUUUGUAAUAAAGUGAACAAAAUGAAAAAUAAACCGCAGAAGCAUAAAGCUUCUAACGUCUUUCACUUUAAAUCGUUCCGCGAACGUAUCGACGAAAUCGAUGUGCGACGUGGAGCACUGUAUCGUGUGGAGACUGACUAUGAGCUACCGGAGACGGAGGACGGUACCUUUUUCCAGCAGGCGCUGAUGAAGUGGUCAUUGCAAAACCUAACCGACGAGUAUACUGCCUAUCAGCGUGGUUUCAAAGAGACGGCCACGUUACCACUGCUGCUGUUCAACAAGGAGGCACUCGUUAAGCAUCUAACCAACUGCUUGACCAAAGCUAGCGAUGAUGCCUUACAACCAUUGCUGGAGCUGGUGGUGGCACUGGCAAAGGAUAUGCGAAAAGAGUUUCGACCGUACUUUGCCGGUUUGUUCGAUGUGGUGGUACAGUUUCUUUACUCGGACAGUGCGGAUCGCGUCGAGUGGACACUGCUGUGUUUGGCACAUUUGUUUAAAAUUCUACGCAGUUUCCUGCGAACUGAUUUUUCGCUCACCUUUAACCGGUUGCUACCGUUGCUGGAUGAAAAGAGCAGUCCACGGCACGCUAUAGACUUUGCAACGGAAUGUCUCGGCUACUUGGUGCGUGACCUCAAAGAUAAAGGACCGUUCGUAAGCUUGAUGCUGAAGUGUCAAAUGCGUAACGAAGCAUACACGUUCGCCUGCGGAAGAUUGCUGUUCGAGGUUUUGCACGGCGUGCAGGAGCAGUUCCAUACAACGGCCAAACAAACGUUGCUACAACUGUACAGCAUUUUGCAACAGUUGGAAGAAACGGAAGCGGAUCAUUUGCAGGACAUACUAACACAAACGAUUACCGAUAUUGUACAAAGUAUCCAGCCGGCAGAUAUUUCCAUCUUUUGGGAAACGAUACGCAUUACGGUUGACGGAUGUUUGGCCACAGUGGAUGCACGAAACGAAAGUGAUGAUGAAGACCGAACGGUGAAAUAUUUAACUCGCUUGAUGCAGCUGAGCGGCAUUGUUUUGGAACAUAAGUAUGGUCUAUUGCUUGGGGACGCACUGUCGGUUACAGUAUCACAACUGAUCCGUUUGCUGACUUCAUUCUCUUCGCCUUCUAUUGAGUUUAAGGAAACGAUUGUCAACCACAUCAUUAUCUUGCUUCGCUCGAGACAUCUUCCCCUCACCCAGCUGGAGGCGAGUCGGUUAACGAUGAAUGUGCUCCUGCUAGACCAUCGUCCGCUGUACGAUCGAUUCAUCGACGCUACCGCUCACAGUCCAAUGUUUGAAGCGCUUAUAUGGCCCAAUUUCGUGAAACGGCUUGAACAGGAGCUGGAUGAUGCUAGAAUGAUAUUUUUGGCUGAGUUGCUGUUGAAAAAAUCACCCCUCUGCGGUAAUGGGCUGAAGCUGGACGAUUGGAAACCAUUUCCAGUGAACGUGGUGCCAAACGGGUGCCUGGAGAAGUAUAUGAAGCAAUUGUUGCUAAACAGUACAGAACGCGUUCCAAACAACUGUGAUCUCUUCCUAAGCGCUUUGAUCGUUUUACCGCAUUUGGGUAACUUUCGGGAGAAAGCAGCCGCUAACAAAGCUGUACGUGAUUUUAUCACAAACACGGUGCAAUCCCUUCAAGAUGGCACAAUCGCCACAUCGAAGCAACCUGAGCUGGGCGAGCAAAUGAUUCAACUAAUCGCCGUAUCCGUGGAAACGAUUGUACACCUGCAGGCAAUGGAUGGCAAAGCUUACUGCGAGCUGUUGGAAUGUUUGCUUCCGAUUGUUACCAUGCACGAGUGUUUGCUGCUCAACAGUGUUCACCUGCUUAUCGUACACAUUGCAAACCAGCGCAAAAACGCAAUUACUUUCGACCGGUUUAAGCGUGUCCAGCCGUUCAUACAACCGCUCAUGUCAUCUUACGACAGUACGGCGAGACGGUUGGCCUGUUCCGUUAUGGCAAUUUUCGCAGAGCUUCCAGAGUUGGCCAGUGGUAUGGGUCCACUGUAUGGUACGCUGGCACAAAUCGAAAGUGUGGAACCAUUGAUACAUACCUACCGGCAGCAAGUGAUGCUCUUUCAGAACCUUAACUAUGACGGCCAACUAUGCCAACAGGCGGCCGACAUUGCACGCCGCGAAUGGACGGAAAUGGUAAUCCGAUACAUGCUUUCGGUGUUUGCCAUCAAUUUCAAGCUGCUGUGGGAACCGGCCGGAACUGUCGUGCAAACGUAUGCCGACAAUAUGGUGAAACAGGAUGAGGAGAUUUUUUGGAACGUGUUCGACGCGAUGCUAUCGAUGGCGGAGGAUCAUAAACCGCAUGCCGGCCUGGAACCGUUAGCUGCAGCCGGAGACUUAAACGAACGUGAAGCUACAAUCAAUGAUGAAGCUGCCAAUUCCGACUCUGAUGUCGAGGAAGCAGAUGAAGAGGACGAAAAUGAGGCGCUCACGGGAUCGCUUUUUCCCACACUGAUGGAAUAUUUCCCAAAGAAAGCCAACAUCGACUUUAUGAACGUGCGUAUUCAGCAGCUUCGAAUGUUGCACCGUUGUAGCAACUUUUGCCGCUCAAAGGGUGACCGUAUUGUGGAACGGUUUUUUGCGUUCCUGGAGCAAGACAAAGCAACCGCAACACCAACCGAUGCGGAAGAGAUGGAAGGUACACCGGCGCCCCAUAAGGUGGACAGAGAAAUUAAGCGCAAGAGUGGCAAAACGGCUGGUGCCGGUACGCAUCAGGUGUUACUAAGCUAUCUAAGAAUAAGCACCGAACUUACAGCGAAAACGGUACGCAAACAUGCGACCCGCCUGUACGCCACGUACGAAACGCUCGUUAGCAGCCGCAACGAAGAAAUACAAAAGGUGGCACUGGGCGGCAUAUUUGUGCUCGGAGGUUCUCAGCUAACGCCAUACAAAGAUUUUAUCACACGAUUAACGAAUGAAAAAACACUGAAGCAAGCGUUACUGUCCGUGUUUGUCCCAUCGGAAGAAGAUGAUGAGGUAGGUGAAGAUGGUGUUUCAGCUAGCGGACGCACGAAAGUAACCGAAGAGCAUCGACCGAAGGUGCUGCAACUGGUGAUGAAAGUAUUGGAUGGAAAAAUUAAACAAAAUCUUGGUAGCGAUGAUAAGGGUGGACAGCACAAAGCUACCAUACUUACCUUCCUCGGCCGUCUGCGGGUAGAAGAGCUAGAAUUGCUGUUGGUUCGUUGGUUUGAAGUUUACAUACAGCUGCUAAAGGACACGCCGGUGGAAACGGUACGCCAAAUUACCGAUGCCAUCGACAAUGGGAUUGACGUGGUACCAGCAGCGACACCGUUCAAGGUGAAAACCUUACUUAACUUCCUUUCCGCGUUGCAAACGGAAAUUGCACCACUCAAAUCACCUGCGUUUGCUGCCAAACUUAUGCAUUUAAAAAUUUGUUUCGACGCACUGCUCAUGCGAAUGGAUCACUCCAUAUACAAGCGGUACAAAAAUCAGGCCCUGUUAGCGUUGGUAGAACUGUUCGAUCAAUAUGACUCCAGCUAUCAGUGGACGGACGAAGAGCUGGAUGCUAUCAUGCUGGUUCACGUUUGGCCACAGCUGGAGCUUUUACCAAGCGAUAGUAUUCAUUCGCCAACGCCGCUGCUCAAGCUGCUGCUUACCUGGAGCCAAAGCGAUCGAUUAUACGUCCUGCUGGAACGUCGCCACGUUGCCCACGGUGAGAGCAUCGAAACGGAAGAAGCAACUAGCGAUCUUCCCCUGACACCACUCGAUGCAAUGAUCAGUUUGUUGCGUGGCUCCAAAACGAGUGGAUCAGUUUGUUCGAAAAUUUUCAUCGCGCUCGCCGCCAUGCUGGAAGGUGACGAACGGAACAAGGCACCAACUACCGAAGACGAUGAACCGAAUCAAGAGCGUGAAACAGCGGCAACGCUACAGCUAACCGGUCGCAGCCGAUUGCUAAUACCGUACGUAAAGGAUUUGCUCCAGUACAUACGGCAAGCGGUCAAAGGGAAGAAAAUGAUAUCGAGCGAUCUGCUGCUCAUACUGACCCGUUUGGCACAAUCCGGAAUGAUCGGUAGCGAUCAGAAGGAUGAAGCGCUGAUCGAGAAUGAUCGUGUAUCGUUGCUAAAUCUGCUAUUCCCGAUAUUAGCGCGUAAGGUGCACGAGAUCGGUAGCGGUGAUCAGCAGCAAGCGUGCGAAGAUAUCAAACGGUUGCAUAUUAUUGUUGCGCGGCUUUUAAACGACGUGCAUGAUCCGCUACGAUACUUGAAACAGCUGGCAUCAUCGCUGCAGAAUAUAAAAGAGCGCGGUGCGCGUAAAAUUUUACUAAACAUUUUCGAAAACCUUGCACACCAUUCGGCGGAAAUGCAACUGAUCAACACGCUUGUGCACAGCCUGAAUGCGAUGGACAAACGAUGGAUCGAGCAGCCGGAUCAUACCGCACGUACGGCGGCUUUCAGAUCGAUCGAUCGAUUGCUUGCUGCAGACGCACCGGAAGGUGCGCGAAUGACCGGUAACGCCGCGAUCGUGUUUCUCUCGCAAGCGUUCCAUGUGCUGCAGUAUGAGAAGGAUUUUUCCUCCCGCCAGAAUGCGUCCGAGUAUGUGUGCAAGGUAGUGCUGUACCUUGCAUCGGCAAACGAAUGGUCCGCUGAGUUACGCUACUGCUUGGAACACAUUGUGCUGCACGCUAUCGUUGACGGGUUUAAGGUUAAACGUACGGGUAGCGAACGGCGCAACGAGUCGAUACAGCUGCUCGGGGAGCUUAGCCGGAUGGUUGGUAAACCGGGUGUGACAGCGGAUCCAAAUUGUCGAGUGUUUGCCGAACUGUGGCAUUUUACAGCGGAGGGCGAUGGUGCCGAGCGGGAUUUCUUUGAGAACAUCACGCACCUGCAGUCAUACAAACAUCGGAAAGCGAUGAAACGGCUUGCCGUUAAGCUGGCAAACAUGGCCGAAAGUAAUGGUGGGACCGAUAAGAGCGAUGUGUUUGGUGCCGGUGGUCCAUCGGCACGUACCACGGUAAACUAUCUGCUACCGAUAGUGUCUCACUACAUCUGUCACGAUGAGUACAAGCCGCAAACGAACCUGGUGGAGGAAGCAGGCAACUGUAUCAUCAAUCUUUGCCGGCUGCUACCGUGGCGUGGGUACCACAUGGUACUACAGCUGUACUUGCGCAAGCUUAAACACUCUUGGGAGUAUCAGAAGCAGCUGCUGCGCAUUGUGAUCGGCAUAAUGGAUGUGUUUCAUUUCGAUCUUUCGGCGGCUGUGUCUGCACCGGUGGAUGAGGAUAGCAAGCUAUCUAAAGGUGCUAACGCUUUAAUGAAUAAGAAGCUUACGCUGAAGGAUGUACCGAACGAGGAGGAAACACCAAAAGACGAAGCAAACGAAGCUGCUGAACAGGACACACAAAGCAAUGGUGAUGGAAGUGAGGGAAAAGAGGCAGAAAACGGUGAGCAACAGCAGAAGGAAGCAGUGGAUGAAGAAGGUAUGAUCGUUGAAGAUGUUGAUGUCGAACCGAUGGAAUGCGAACCCGCCAAUGCGUUGCUUGUGGCACGUAACAUCGUGCACGACAUAUCGAAAACGAUCAUUCCGAAUCUGCUAUCAUCGUUUCACUUUGCCACCGAAUCACCCGUAACGGCUGGCAUCGGUGGUCAGAUGGAUAAGAAGGCGCGCUUUGCAAAGCAACGAGCGGAGCUGCUGAAGCUCCCGAUAGCCAUCGCGAUAGUGAAGCUGUUCAUGAAGUUGCCACGCAAAGAGAUCGAACUAAAUCUACCCAAACUGAUCAUCAAGGUGAUAACGUUUCUGAAGUCGCGGCUGAAGUUGGCCCGUAUGCAAGCGCGCAAUACGCUCGCGCACAUUACGCUCGAGCUUGGCCCAUCGUACAUUUCCUUCGUGUUGCAGAAUCUUUUGGCCAUGCUAACGCGUGGGUUCCAGCGCCACGUGUUAACCUUUACCGUGCAUACGAUUAUCGAGCGCGCCCAGAAGCAUCUUGCCGGUGGGUCGGUACUGGAAAACAUACUCCAAACGGUGCUGCACAUCUGUGCGGAGGAUAUUUUCGGCCAGCUAAUAGGGCUUAUGAACGGGACGACCAUCGAAACCGGUUCGUUGAAGAAAAAUUCCAUGCCGGAAUCGAAAACGACACGCAAACCGUACCAAACGCUGUAUCUACUGGCGAAGAAUGUGCAGGAACGGAUGCUGGUAGAUCUGUUCACACCGUUCCGUGCGAUCUUGUGUCGAUACCGUACGCAUCAAACGGUGACGAAGGUACACGAUGCACUGCACCAGAUAGCGGAGGGCAUUGUAGCGAACGAAUCCAUCAGCUACGAAUCGUUGCUCGUGUUCGUGUACGGUAUGGUGACGGGGAAAAUCUACACUCAGUGUGCGACCAUAGAAACAGAUGAUCAACAGCAGCAGCAGGAAACAGACGAAGAGCAAAAACAAACGGGGAAAAAACUACUGGGAAAUGUGCCCAAACCGGGCAGCAUUUACAUCAUACCGGUCGAACCGAAACGGUACGGAUCCGCCGCGGGAAGCUCAACGAUGGAUCACCUGCUUGCAAAAAGUGAAGGAAACGAUCCCGCAUUUCUCGAGUGUGGACUGGAGAUACUGCAAAGCUUCAUCAGACGCAAGCAGCUCGCCACACGGAUUGAUGCGGAUCAGGAAGAAUACUUGCUGCAGCUUAUCGAUCCGAUCGUACCGACGUUGGUAGAAUCGCUCGAUUCGAAACAUUCGAAAAUUAUUUGCCAUGCGAUUAACAGCGUUUGUGCGCUCUGGACCACACAAUGGCCGUUGAAAAGUUUCCAGCAACCAGAAACGAUCGGCACGAUCGUGAAGGCGAUCUUCACCAUACUGCACCGUUACAACACGGUAGCGCUCGACAUUAACAAUCCUAACUUUGGUAUGGUUCGCGCCAGCUUUAGGGCCAUUGUCGCUCUGCUGAAAAACGAGAAAGAAUCGUACGAAUUUUCGCCGGAACAGUUGCGCCUGUUGGUGAUGUACAUUGAGCAAGAUUUAGCGGUUGGCGGAGGCCGUCAAACGACCGCUUUCAAUCUGUUGCGAUCGCUGCUCGCCCGUCGCUUCAAGUUCGAUGAGCUGCACGUACUUAUGACCAAGGUGUUUGAGAUUUGCGUACGUUCGGAAAGUGAGAAUGUGAGGGCGGAAUGUCGGCAAAAUAUAGUGGAGUAUAUCUUGAACUAUCCGACGCACAAAAAGGUGCCGAAACAUUUGUGGUUUUUUGCCACCCAGCUGCAGUACGCGGUGCUGUCCGGGCGAGAAUCUGCCUGCUUGCUGCUUAAAACUUUAUUCCAGAAGCUACCAAAGUCAACGGUAGUGGAGAAUCAUGUCUCCAUCUUCUUUGUGCUUGGCCUUCAAGUGGCCAAUGAUGAUGCGAUUGAAAUCCGUACGCUUGCCGCUGACUGUAUCGAAACACUGCUGAAACGUCUCGAUUCUAAGGAUAAAGUGGCACUGGUGGAAAUCAUGCAAGAGAUGCUGUGCACUCCGUCACUCAAACAUCGUGCGCUUGCCACGCAGCUCUUGCUGCGCAUUAUUAACAGUGAACCUACGGUACCGUUCAUCCGUCGCUGGUUAGAAAUGGUGCAAUCGUCGUUGCUACAGAAUUUAGUCCCAAUAGCCGGUGGCACGAUCGUGGGCAAAUUUGUUAAACCAAUAGUACCGAUCACGACUCUGCUAACUGCCGAUCCGUGGGUCGAUCAUUUGAUCAUACAGACGCUGAAUGUUUUCGACGCAUUACUGCGGCUGUAUCCUGCAAUGCUAACGGCUCCGAAGCACAACGAUAUGAUCGAUUCGUUAGCAUACACCGCACAAUCCCUACUGAACAGUGGCCAUCAGUGGGUGCGUAUCGGGGCCUUAAAGGUGCUGUAUCAAAUAAUGAACGAGCUGGAUUUCGAUGCCAUUCACGAGCGCAUCAGAUACAUUCGUGAGCAUGGGAAAACGGAAGACUGUCCCAAAGAGGAUGCGGAAGAUAUGCAAGUAGAUGCCGAUCAGGACACGGAAGACGCGACAGCAAGCACCGCUGGCAAACAAUUCUUUCACGAAAACCCAUUGCGAGACUGUAAAACACUAACGCUAGACCUGUGCGCCCAGCUUACGCCGAACAGUGCGAUGGUGAGCGAAAAUGACGACGAGGCAGCCGGGCUUGUUACGCAGCUACUGUUUAUGAUAGCGAACGUGCUGCGCGCUGUCCCGCUGGAAAAUGAACAAAUGUCCUCGAAAAAGAUUAAUCUGUACUGGCUGGUACGUAGGGUGCGUUAUAUUAUGCAGAAUGAAAUAGUAAAAACGCCGAACAUAUUUACACUGCGGAAACACGCCUUACACUGGAUAGCAUCGGUGGUAGCGAUUGUGGAGCAGGACACGCUGGAACAGUUAGCACCUUCACUGCUAAUACCGGCCGUACGUGAACUUACCGCCCAAGACGUUGUCGGCACCCGAACGGCAAACGAUCCGUCAAAGGUUGCGCUCCGUAAGGUAGCAUCCAGGGUGGGUAAAGAAAUAUGCACACGCCUUGGUACGGAGCAGUACGAUAAGAUCCGCAGCUCGAUCGAAGCAUCGUUACGCCGCAAACGGGCUGGUCGUAGGGUAAUGCUGGCACAGGAAAAAGUAAACCAACCGAUUCUGGCAGCACGGCGCAAAGAGGCCAAAAAGGUACGCACUAAGGAAGCAAGAAAGCGAAAGAUGGAAACCCGGGACGAUCCGUUCGAUCUGGACGCAGCGAGCAACGGGGGUGUAAUUCCGGGCAUGAAACAACGGCCACGGUCGAAAAUACGACCGACCGGUCCGAAGAAGAGGCGAAAUAUGGAAGCAAUGUUUAGGGAUUAAACGGCGUGGUUCGUCUUAAAAACAAGCGGCGAAUAUGUUGUUAUGCGUUAAUAAAUAACAUUAUCAGGUAACGAAAUAUAUCAUCAAAAUGAAAUCGUC